GAGGUAUUUCCGCUGCGGGAGGUUAAGAUCGCGGCCUUCAUUUCUCUCGGGGAGAGGGACAAGACCUAGAAUGCUGGUUCUGGGGUGAGAGCUGGAUUCCGAUUCCGCCCCUGCAUCUUGACCUUACCAAGCCUCAGCUUCCUCGUCUGUUAAAUAGGAGCGACUGUCCUCAUCAUCAUCGUUGAUUGAGAACUUCCUAAAAUGCCAGCUGAGGAUGGGCUCAGACGUGUAGGUGAUUGGACCAAAGUCACACGACUUGUACAAGAGUAGCUUCCUCACAGGACUCAGCCCUUCCCUAGAAGUAGAAGGAGGACAAAAUGACCAAGUUCAAGGAGGCAGUGACGUUCAAGGACGUGGCUGUGGUCUUCACCGAGGAGGAGCUGGGGCUGCUUGACCCCGCCCAGAAGAAGCUGUAUGGAGACGUGAUGCUGGAGAACUUCCGGAACCUGCUCUCUCUGGGGCACCAAAACUUCACACCAGAUGCAGUACCCCAGUUCAAGAGGGGAGGAAGGCUUUGGAUGAUAAAGGCAGCAACCCAGAGCCACGGCUCCUCAGGAGACAGGAAUCUAAAUGAUGCGGAGACUCUUCGGGAAAUUGGAUUAAAGUACCUGCCACAUGAAGAGCUUUUCUGCUCGCAAAUCUGGCAACAGGUUACAAAGGAGUUAAUCCAGAGCCAAGAUGCCAUGGUAAAUAUUCAAGGAACUGGCUCUCAGCUGGAAAAACAGGGUGAUGCACUCUAUAAAGAUGGGGAGUUUGGUAAAGGCUUUAAUCAGACUUCGUGUCUUCAAAUUCACCACAGAGACCACAUAGGAGGAAACCCCUAUAAGGGGGGAGAGUGUGAGAAUGGUUUCAUUGAGCACUCUCAUCUUCAGACUCACCAGACAGCCCAUGUGGGAGAGAAGCCCUAUAAAUGUGAAAAAUGUGGAAACACCUUCCGCCGACUUUCAAGCCUUGGAGCCCAUCAGAGAGUCCACAGCAGGGAGAAAUCGUACAAACACGAUACAUCGCGUAAGGGUCUCAGACAGAGGUCACAUCUUCGCCAUCCGCAGAGAGCCCCCCCUGGAGAGAAUCCACACAAGUACGAGGAGUGUGGGAGGAGCGUCCGGAGAAGCUCCCAGUGUCAAGCUCCUCUGAUAGUCCGCACGUUGGAGAAACCUUAUAAAUGUGAGGAGUGCGGGCAGAGCUUCAGUCAGGGCUCGUAUCUUCAAGUCCACCAGAGAGUCCACGUUGGAAAGAAGCCCUAUAGAUGUGAAGAGUGUGGGAAGGGCUUCAGUUGGCGUUCACGACUGCAGGCUCACCAGCGAAUCCACACAGGAGAGAAACCAUACAAAUGCGAGGCCUGUGGCAAGGGCUUUAGUUACAGCUCACACCUUAACAUCCAUUGUCGAAUCCACACAGGAGAGAAACCCUAUAAAUGUGAAGAGUGUGGGAAAGGCUUCAGUGUGGGCUCACACCUUCAGGCCCAUCAGGUCAGCCACACUGGAGAGAAACCUUACAAAUGCGAGGAGUGUGGGAAGGGCUUCUGUCGGGCCUCAAAUCUUCUGGACCAUCAGAGAGGCCACACUGGUGAGAAACCGUAUCAGUGUGAUGCCUGUGGAAAGGGCUUCAGUCGUAGCUCGGAUUUUAACAUUCACUUUAGAGUCCAUACGGGAGAGAAACCCUAUAAAUGUGAGGAGUGUGGGAAAGGCUUCAGUCAGGCCUCAAAUCUUCUGGCCCAUCAAAGAGGCCACACUGGAGAAAAACCGUACAAGUGUGGUACGUGUGGGAAGGGCUUCAGCCGGAGUUCAGAUCUUAACGUUCAUUGUAGAAUCCACACGGGAGAGAAACCCUAUAAAUGUGAGAAGUGUGGUAAGGCCUUCAGUCAGUUCUCGAGUCUUCAAGUGCACCAGAGAGUCCACACUGGAGAGAAACCGUAUCAGUGUGCGGAGUGUGGGAAGGGCUUCAGCGUGGGUUCACAGCUCCAAGCCCAUCAGAGGUGCCACACUGGAGAGAAGCCGUACCAAUGUGAGGAGUGUGGGAAAGGAUUCUGUCGGGCCUCGAAUUUUCUGGCUCAUCGUGGCGUCCACACGGGAGAGAAACCGUACCGGUGUGACGUGUGCGGUAAGCGCUUCAGACAGAGAUCCUAUCUUCAAGCCCACCAGAGGGUCCACACUGGGGAGAAACCAUACAAGUGUGAGGAGUGCGGGAAGGUCUUCAGUUGGAGCUCAUACCUUCAAGCCCAUCAGAGAGUCCACACUGGAGAGAAACCAUACAAGUGUGAGGAGUGCGGGAAGGGGUUCAGUUGGAGCUCAAGCCUUAUAAUUCAUCAGCGAGUGCAUGCUGACGAUGAGGGUGACAAAGACUUUCCCACCUCGGAGGAUUCACGCAGGAAGGAAGCUCCAGAAAAAUUUGUUGCUGCUCCACCCGUGCUGGAACUUUUCUGUUGGAAUACGGAAUGCCUACAAAUGUCCUCGUAUCCAGGAGUGAUUGCCCUCAACCCCCUGAAUUUUGCAAAGUCGUCCUUGCUGCUAGAAGCAGCCAUUCUGCUACUGCCUGAGGAAAAUGACCCCUUUUGUCCCCAAAGGGCAUCUUCGGGGAAAGUUCCUUAUGACCAGUUGGGCGAGGAAGGGAAAGUUCACUCCUGGCCCAUUUGCAGAUGGUUCUGCACGCAAGAGAAAAUGACCACAUUCAAGGAGGUAGUGACAUUCAAGGACGUGGCUGUGGUCUUCACGGAGGAGGAGCUGGGGCUGCUGGACCCCACCCAGAGGAAGCUGUACCGAGAAGUGAUGCUGGAGAACUUCGGGAACCUGGUCUCUGUGGGGCAUCAACCAUUCAAACGAGAUAUGGUCCACUUGGUAAGGGAAGGAAAGUUUUGGAUGAUGAAGUUAGCAACCCAAGGAAAAGGCAGUUCGGGAGACAAAAUCCAACACAAGAUGGAGACUAUUCCUAAAGUGGAACCACAUGAAGAACUUUCCUGCUGGCAAAUCUGGCAGCAUAUUGCAGAUGACUUAACCUGGUGUCACGACUCCAUGAUAAAGAGUUCUCAAUUCCACAGACAAUGGGAUUUACCCAGCCACGUUGAGGCAGCACGGUCUAUAACCCACAAAGGCCAGAAGACUUCCCUGGGAAAUGAGUGCAAAAAGAUCUUUAGUGAUACCUCCCACUGUGAUCUUCAACACAUAAACUCAGGGGAGAAGUCUCACACAUGUCGCGAUUGUGGGAAAUGCUUCUUUUAUAGCUCAGCGCUUCGUAUUCAUCAGAGAGUUCACCUGGGAGAGAAACGGUAUAGGUGUGAGGAGUGCGGUAAGGAAUUCAGUCAGAGCUCAUGCCUGCAAACUCAUCAGAAAAUCCACACCAUAGGGAAGCCAUUCAAAUGUGGGGAAUGUGGGAAAGGCUUCAGUCGUAGAUCAGAACUUAGUAAUCAUUGCAGGUUACACUCGGGAGAGAAACUUUAUAAGUGUGAGGGAUGUGGAAAGGCCUUCAUUAAUGCUUGCCAUCUUCAGGACCAUCAGAGAGUCCAUACCGGGGAGAAGCCAUUCAAGUGUGAUAUCUGUGGUAAGAACUUCCGUCGUAGAUCAGCACUUAAUAGUCAUUGUGUGGUCCACACGGGAGAAAAACCAUACAAGUGUGAGGAGUGUGGGAAGUCCUACACUUGGCGUUCACGUCUUCGUAUCCAUAAGAAGGUCCACAUGGGACAGAAACCACACAAAUGUGAAGAAUGUGGAAAGAGCUUCUUUUCUAGGACACAUCUUUAUUAUCAUCGGAGGUUCCACACAGAGGAGAAACCUUAUAAUUGUAAGGAAUGUGGGAAGAGCUUCAGGUGGGUCUCACCUCUUUUGACACAUCAGCGAGUCCACAGUGGAGAAAAACCAUUCAAAUGUGAAGAAUGUGGGAAGGGAUUUGGUCAGAAAUCGUGCCUGCAAGCUCAUCAGAAAGUCCACACCAGAGAAAAGCCAUACAAAUGUGAGGAAUGUGGGAAGGGCUACAAGACGAGCUUGGAUCUUGAUGUGCACCAGAGUGUCCAUUUGGGAGAGAACCCAUACACCUGUAGGACAUGUGGUAAGCACUUCACUAGGACCUCAAAUCUUAAAGUUCAUCAGAGAGUCCACACUGGAGCGAAACCGUACAAAUGUAAUGUGUGUGGUAAGGUCUUCAGUCAAUCUGGACAUUUAAAAUCUCAUCAGAGAGUUCACACAGGGGAGAAACCUUACAAGUGUGAGAUAUGCAGUAAGCAGUUCAGUUCAAGUUCGUAUGUUAAAAUUCAUCACAGAAUCCACGUUGAGGAUAAAUCUCAUUCUGUCUCAUAGGAGGGAAAACAUUUGUUUCAUUAAAGUGAAUGUUUCAGCCAUAGCUGAAUGCAUCCUGGUGAUCCCAAGGUCACAUAAGUGGUGCAGUGUACAAGGUACAAGAACCUUGGCAGUUGUAGCUAUCACUCAAGAAAAAGGCCUAAAUAUAACAAUUUCUUUAGGCCUUUAUCAGAUUCUAAUGGUGGAUGUUAAAAUCGAUGUCCCCUGAAAUAGAAGCUUCAUGAGGGCAGGGAGUUUGUUUGCUGCUGAAUCUAUACAAUCAGCAUUGAAUAGCACUCUGUGUAUGCACUUAGUACACAUUUGUUAAAUGAAUCAAAAGGAAGAGAGAAUUAGGGAAGAUUGUGGAGUAGGAGGACGCAAAAGCUCCUCUCCUCUCAUCGAUGCAACUAGACAGCACUCACAUCAGCGUAAAUAACCCAGAAAUUGACCCCGACACUGGCAGAACAAAGUCAACAUCUAAAGGUAGAGAAGAGGCCAUAUCAGAGAAGGUAGGAAGGGCAAAGAUGCAGUUUGGGAGUGAGCCAGACUGGCCGUCUGUGGAGGGGAAGGAUCCAGUAGUGUAGAGAAGACAAAAAACAGACUGUCACACUGGGGAGCCCACAUGGGGAAGAUGAAUCCCUGUAACACUUGGCUUUGAAAGCGAGAGGGGCCAAAUGGCAUGAGUUCUUAACAGCCAGCUGGACUUAAAGCCUGGAUUUCCAGUGUCUGUGGGCUGGGCUCUGGGAGAGCACGAUGAACAGCUGGUGGAGACACAACCAGGAAUCAAGUUUGGCAAAUGCCUGGGGCAGACAGCAGGGACAGCAAUUUACCGAGUGUGGCCUGGAGAGGCAGGGAUCAUGGGGACACUCCUUUGGGAACAAAGGAGGGAACCAUUUCCCUCCCUGGCCCCCCCAGCAUAAGCAUAUGGGUACCUGCUGGAACCAGCACGGCACCCACACUCCUUACCUAACUUGGUUACACCAGCCCCUGCCCCCCUGUGCUCUGGUGGGUCUGCCUUUCCCAAUCACACCUGCUUCAGUCCCGGCACUGUGAAGACCAGAGCAAACCUACCUUGUCUCCUGACCUGUGUGUUUUGCAGAACAUCAGUUCCAGAGGUGGCAGCUUCAACAGGUCUCAUUUCACAAACAGACCAGCACAUAUCAUUAAAAUGGGCUCUACCCAGCUGGGACCAAACACUGCCCACAAUAGGCAAAGAGAGCCUCUGCAGGUGACCAGACUGAAUAAAAAGAGCCCAGGACACAGCACUGGGGCGCAGGCAACACACAUAGGAGACCCUGCCCCUGAAGCGACAGGUCCCAGGAAACAGGAGACCGUGCACUGCAGGGCACUACAGGACUUGUUCUUCAUAAGGGCAUUACCUUCAAGAGCAAGAGACACAGCUGACUUUCCUAAUAUGCAGAAAUAGACAUGGAGACAAAAUGAGAUGGGAAUAUCUCCCAAAUGAAAGUACAGGACCAAACCACAGCAAGAGACCUAAGCGAAAUGGAUAUAAGUAAUAUUCCAGACAGAGAAUUUAAAGUAAUGAUCACAGAUACUCACUUGGUUUGAGAAGAGUGGAGGACAUCACUGAGACCCUUAAUAGAUUAAAAAGAACCAAGCAGAGAUGAACACAAUAAAUUAAAAAUGCACUUGAUGGGAUAAGAAGAAGGUGAGAUGAAACAGGAAUGAAUGAAUGUCCUGGAAGACAGAGUAAUGGAAAGUAAGCCACACAAAUGAGAGGAAGAAAAUCAUGGAGAUUGAGGAUAGGGAACUCAAUGACUCCAUCAAGCAUAAUUGCAUAAUAACAUUUGCAUUAAAGGGACCCCAAAAAAAGAGAAAAGGGGGCAGAAA